AUGAUUCGUUCAUUCUGUUCACAUAUUUCACAAAGAUUUACAGGUAAAUUAAAGCUUGCACUGAAGCUUUCAGACGAAGAAAUAAAAGAGUUCAAGAGUAGAUUACUGAAUUCUUCGUGGGAAAUCAAAGAUGAGUUUGUUUCAACUCUUCCAGCUAAACAAAUAUACGUGACAACACAAUCUUUACUGGAUAGAUCAUGUCCAUUAUUUAUGGAAAGCUUAAACAAAAAUAGUGAUCAGACCCAUACAGUUAACUUGAAUGAAAUGUUUCCGAUUGGAUCGGGGUUACCGUUGGCGUAUUCGUUAGGCUACUGUAACCCGCUUUCUAAUGAGUCAGAAUUGGGCAUAGACGGUUAUGACAAUUAUCAUGCUCCGUGUGAUAAGAAAGUAGAGUUUUUCAAGAGGCGGAUGUGGGUCAAUGGUUCCUUUGCUUAUAAUCAUUCCAAUCCGUUAAAAUUUGGAGAUAAACUAAACUUUACUGAAACUGUUAAGCGUGUUAAGGUUUUGAAAGAAACUGGUACAAUAUUUGCUGAAUAUAAGAGGUGUUUUAAUAAUCAGAACGGCAGUUGCAUAGUCGAAAUGAGGGGGCUGGGAUAUCUGGCUGAUCUCUAUUCCAGUUACAAACAGAGAUUCUCUACGAUUGAAAAUCCCGACAAAAGCAUAACGGUUGUGCCGACUCUAUUGACUAACUUUAGAAUGAGUGCAGUCACUUUCAAUUCUCACCAGAUACAUUACAACCCAGAAUAUGCUAAAAGUAUUGAAAACUAUCCAGAUAUAGUAAUAGAGGCUCCAUUAUUGAUAUCACUUGCCUCUCAGUUUUGGUUAAACUAUAACACAGAUAUUUGGGUGAAAAGUUUCAAAUAUAAGAUCUCGGCUCCAAGUUUUGUAAACAAACCACUUACUAUAAGUUACAAGAAAUUAAACGGAGUAACCAAAUUAUGGAUCACCAACCAAAACUCAGUUGUUUGCUUCGAAGCUACAUUGCAAACCUAA